GGUGUUUAAAGUAGAUAAUUAGACUGAUCCCUAGAUUCAGAACUUUGUAUUGACUCCGUGCAAUUGAAAAUUCGGAGAGUCACGCGAAGUGGCAAUAAAAAUCUACCUAUAAAAAUGGGAUGCACGGCCGGAGUGGUAGCCAUUAGCAAAGUAAAGAACCUACGAGAAUGAGGACUACGCUGGCACUGACCCUGCUGCUCGGCUGCCUAACAGCGAACUUCGUGAGAGCAAUUGAUGACAAGAAUACCGCUGCGAUUGUGAAGAAAUGCUUGACCGAUUUUGGCGUUACUGAGCAGGACAUUAUGGACCUUAAGGAAGACAAGGUGAAGCCUGAAGACGUGAAGGACAACAUAAAGUGUACCGCUCAGUGCUUGAUGGUGGCAGGCGGAUAUAUGGACGCGAAUGGAAACCUGCUCACAGACAAGAUCAAGGAGCAAUACGCCAACCAUCCCAAAAAGGAUACGAUUUACAAGGUCGUGGAGGUGUGUGGAGGUGAAAAGGGAGUCAAUGCCUGCGACACCGCUUACCAGAUCGUCUCCUGCGCAAAGACCAAUGGCCACGCAUUCCAAUAAGACACGUUCUCGAUUAUCAAGGAUAGCCAAGACGAAUCCCAGAAGAAUUGAAGAAAACUUGUCGAUAUUUAUCAUAAAUUAACAACAAUUUUGUUAAAAGACAAAUAAUAAAUACAUAUCCAUACAUA